AUGCAUGAAAUCAUGUCUGCAACUUUUCAUCUUCACUCCAUCAUUCUCAUCUUCCUCCUAAUUAUUCCCCUUUGCCAUCCACUUUCCUUCAGUAUCAAUCACUUCGACGAAACUACAACUAAGAUCCUCUACGAGGGUGAUGCAGCUCCUUCUUCCAACGGUUCAGGAAUCAUUGAGCUCAACACAGCAGAUUUUUGCCGUGUUGGCCGGGCUACCCAUGCAGAGCCGUUGCACUUGUGGGAAGGGUCAUCACUUGCUGCAGACUUCACCACCAACUUCUCCUUUGUGGUCGACACUCUUAACCAAAGCUUUGCUGAUGGAUUCGUCUUCUACCUCGCUCCAGUCCACUACCCUAUUCCACCUAACUCCGCAGGUCAAGACCUAGGCUUGUACAACACCACCACUCGUUUUGCAGAGUCCAACCAGCUUGUGACGGUGGAGUUCGACACUCUGUCCAACCCCUGGGAUCCGCCGGGGCCGCACAUCGGGAUCAAUGACAAGACCAUCUCCUCAGUUGUUCAUGCAAGCUGGGAUCCUAAACUCCACAGUGGCAAAGAAUGUCGUGCGAGGAUAACAUACAAUGCGACUACCAACAACCUCAUUUUGUUGUGGACAUACGAGCAGAGUUUGGCAGCAGAGUUCUCUUCCCUUUCACUUAAUAUUGACCUCAGAAAGUCGCUCCCCGAGUGGGUUACAAUCAGAUUCUCAUCUGCUACAGGCCUUCUCUUUGAGCGGCAUGUUAUAAGUUCAUGGGAAUUCAGUAGUUCAGAUAUAGAGUCCGGUGCGAGCCGACGGAGGAUAGACUUGAAUAUCAGGGUCACUGCAGCAGCAGCAGUUCUUCUCUUGAUUUUGAUGCUUUGUGUGGCGUACUGGUGGGUGGUACGAAAGCGGAUGAAGAGGGCUCGUGGAUAUGGAAAUGAGGAAGAUGACACCUCCAGUGUUGCUUCAGAUAUUCAGAUAUUAGCCUUGCCGAGACAAUUUACUUAUCAAGAACUAGUUGCAGCCACCAAUGGAUUUGCAAACGACAGAAGGCUAGGCCAAGGAGGAUCAGGACAAGUUUAUAAAGGGAUCAUACAAGAUCUAGGUUGUGCAGUUGCUGUGAAGAGAAUAUUUGCACAAUCCGACAAGAACUAUGAGAAAAUCUUCAUCAACGAAGCCAGGAUCAUAAGCCGCAUCAUACAUAAAAGCUUAGUGCAGUUUAUUGGAUGGUGUCAUGAGCAAGGCGAAUGCUUGCUUGUAUAUGCAUACAUGCCAAACAGCAGCCUCGACACACAUCUAUUUGGCCCUAAAGCAACUUUACAAUGGGAGUUCAGGUAUAGAAUAGCUCAAGGCUUGGCCUCUGCUCUUCAUUAUCUACACGAGGAUGCAGAGCAGUGCGUCCUUCACAGAGAUAUCAAAUCGGCUAAUAUUCUGUUGGACAACGAUUUCAGUACUAAACUUGGUGAUUUCGGGAUCGCUAAGCUCGUGGAUCCACGGCUAAGGACUCAAAAUACAGGUGUUGUAGGGACCUUUGGAUAUAUGGCCCCGGAAUAUAUUGCUCAAGGGAGGGCAAGCAAAGAAUCAGACAUGUUUAGCUUUGGAGUUGUGGCCUUCGAAAUCGCUUGUGGAAUGAGGACUUACCAGGACGGAGAGUUCCAUCUACCGCUUUAUAUCAGGGUCUGGCAUUUGUACCUUUCAGGAAAUAUUCUGGAUGCAGCAGAUGAGAGAUUGGGUGUGGAUUUUGAUCAAAAUGAAAUGGAGUGCUUGUUGAUGGUUGGUUUAUGGUGCUGUAACCCCAACAGCAAAGAAAGGCCAAAAGCAGGACAAGUGAUGAAGGUUCUCCAGCUUGAAGCACCAUUGCCAAAUCUUCCACAUAUUAUGCCCCAUUACCCAAUGCAUCAAUCGCAGCGACAAACUCAAUCUGGUUCCUCGCAGUCGCAGUUAUCCCUAACUUCUAGCUUGAACAUAGUAGGUCGUUAAAUCAUGUAUAAUGACUGCCAUAAUGCCAUUGAACUACUGGAUCAAACUACUUUUCAAAUGAAU